UUUACCUCCUGUCAUUUGAGCUAAAGAGGUGUUUUUAAGUUUAAAAUGGGCAUUUUUUUUCUUCACAUUCCACAUACUAGAGAAAAAAAAAAAAAACAGCCGAAAUUACAGUAUUUUGCUUAAACUUAAAGAAACCCCCACCUUAAUCUUUGGACUGAGUGAAAGCCUACAAAAUUUCAUCCCAAAAGGUGAAAUAACGAUCUUACACUGGAAGUAUUUAUGCAACUUUAACAAUUGCUGCUACUCCUAGUUUUGGACCACAUCCUCAGCUCGUGUAAAUCAGCAUAGUUCCACAAUGGAGCUAUGUCAAUUUUACAUCAGCCAAGGAUUUGUAUGGAACAACAUUGUAACAUUGCUGCAGAAUGCUGCACUUUUAUUCACGUUCAGGGCUGACCAAGAAGAAUUCACAUCACAGCUGCAGUUAGUACAGCCCAUCAGCAAGUUUUUAUUACGUACGCUUCUGCCAUCUGUGUGAGUAGUCUUACCUGCCAGCUUCCAAAAGGAAAGUGCAUUCUUUAGUGAAGCUUUCAGUAGCAGCUGCUAUAUCUAUAAAUGUGCUGGCUUUCAAUUGCUGCAAUAAAACAAUAAAGACAAACACUUCCCUUUGCACCUGGAGGCAUUGCAGACCCAAGGUAAGACAAGAGCAUUGUAAUGAAAAUAUUGAUAAGCAGUAAUUGCUUUGCACUGGUAUGUGAAGAAACUAAUGUAAUUGCAAUUACGGUGACUCCAAUUUUUAAGUGAAGUCUGUUUCUUCAUACAUUUUCCUUGCUGCCAUUGAUGCUAAUAGCACAAACUUGUGCAUAACAAUUUUCCCCUUAUCUCAAAAGCAAGAGAGGACAUGGUUAAGUCCUAUUUUCUGAAACGAGUAUAAAAGUAUGCCCCAAGAAAGGAAGCAAGGAAAAAUUUGGAAUGAUUGGGAGUCAACACUUAUGCUUUUCCUUUCAACCAACCUUAUUUCCCUGUGCAGAUACCAGAAUGGACCAGAACUGCAAUGAACCAGUUGAGAAUGCAGUUUGCAAAUUAAAGAGACUCCUGAGGGGCAGUGUGACCCAAAGGGUUGUGAUGCUGAAAGCAUCCUGCCCUAUCUGGUAAAUGAAAUGAAUUUUUCACUGUGCUGUUAGACCUUAAAAUGGUCACUGGUCGAUGAACCACCAGGAUAGAAAUUAUUGCUAAGAACUAGGAAUCCUUGUGGUUAGCAAGAAAUGGGACUUGAAAUCACAUCAAUCUGAUUAUCAUCCUACCUUUCCUUGCAUUACUGCCUACUAUCCACUCUCACUAGAACUAUUAUCCCUAGUAUGUAAUCUCAUCUGCCAAAGUGACUAAUAUCAAUGAGUCUACAGUUCAUGAGUGCAUUGGCUGCUAAGACUAUGUUGUAAUUUAAGUUGUGGGAGAAGCAAGACAGUAAUUUAAAUGAAAGCCUGGGUCCCACCUCAUUUAGUUUUUCCAAUAUUGUAUUUAUUACAUGUAAACUCUAUAAAACUUCAACAGUUUCACACAAACCUUGAAAAGAAAUCUCCUGAUUAGUUCCCCUCCUCUCCAAGCAGCGCCUGCCUGUGUUGAUCAUAAGCAGUCCUUGCUUCCACAUUCCACAGAUGCUUCAAUGAUCCACUGGAGUAAAAUGGGAAAAAUAUUGGGGAAGGGGAGAGAGAAAGAAGAGGUCCUUCAUUGCGCUGCAACUCAGCAGGUUUAUCAGAAAAUAUUAUAGCUCCCAAUAUAUUUACCCAUCCAGCCCUUAUAUUUUCAGCCACUAGUAGCUCAUAUUGUUUGAGUUAAAAGCAAAUGGAAAUUAGCCCAAACCCUAGCAUAUACAACUGAAAUUUAAAUGUUGGUUCUUCAGAUUAACUCUUUUCAGGCAGAUAGUAUUAUUGACUUGCUUAUAUGAGUCAUGAAAGCUACAGCUGCCCUAUAUGUUGAAUGCAUGUGUUUGCGCAUGUGUGUAAUGUAUUUCGAUUUACUUAGCUCAAGUCCCAGUGUCUUUUUAUAGAACAUAGGUUUAUUUCUCAGUCCACCAAUGGAUCCAAGUCGCUGCCUUCUGCACUACAUAAAUGAGCUCUGCUUCUCUGUUCUCCCUCCCAGUGUGUUAAUAGGCACUCGGCUGACAGCCUGCUGAUAGGCACUUUGCGUCUUACAUUUUGGUGUCAGUUUCACCUGGCAUUGGUGUAGAAGCAAGGGAGUCAGAGCUUUACAACAGCAGCUUUUUAACAGCGACAGCAGCCUCUGCUGGUUCUCAGAGUGGCAGGUUUGAGCAUCCUCACAGGAUCUCCCAGGAACUGGCCACCUUUCUUCUACAUUAAACAUCAGCACCGCAACAUCUUCAAACUAUUGAUCAGAUCCAAUUACUGCCGUGGGAUGGAUUUUAAAACAAAUCCUACAGAGAGCUUGAAUGGCUGCACUGCUAACAUCACCAAGGCUGUGCAAAACUUUUCCCUGCCUGGUGAGCCCAGCACUGUAAGCUAUGCCGACUUCAUCAUGCCUAGCCUGUUUGGCAUCAUCUUCUUCCUAGGCAUCAUUGGUAACAGCCUGGUGAUCUGCACAGUCUUUAAGAAAUCCAGCCCCAGGAGCAGCGUCCCAGAUAUCUUCAUCAUCAGCCUCUCCAUGGUGGAUCUGCUCUUCCUCCUGGGCAUGCCCUUCCUCAUUCACCAGCUGCUGGGCAAUGGAGCCUGGUACUUUGGGGAAACCAUGUGCACCAUUAUCACUGCUCUGGAUGCCAACAGCCAAUUCACUAGCACCUACAUCCUCACUGCCAUGUCCAUUGACCGCUACCUGGCCUGCGUGUACCCUUUCACCUCCACUCGCUUCAGGAAGCCACUUGUGGCCAUCCUGGUGAUCUGCAUGCUCUGGGCCCUCUCCUUCCUCAGCAUCACCCCGGUGUGGAUGUAUGCCCGGCUCAUCCCUCUGGCUGGGGGGCUGCUGGGCUGUGGGAUUCGGCUGCCAGACCCGCAGAAUGACAUCUACUGGUAUACGCUCUAUCAGUUCUUCCUCGUCUUCGCCAUCCCCUUUACCCUCAUCACUGUGGCCUACAGGAGGAUCCUGCUCAGGAUGGCCAGGUCCUCAGAGGCACUCACUGGCCAGAGGUGCACCAGCACCUGCACCAAGAAAGUGACACGUGUGGCCAUUGCCAUCUGCCUGGCCUUCUUCAUCUGCUGGGCGCCUUACCAUGUGCUACAGCUCGUGCAGCUAGCCAUGCGCCACCCCACCCUGCCCUUCUACUAUGCCUACAACGUGGCCAUCAGCAUGGGCUAUGCCAGUUGCUGCCUCAACCCCUUCAUCUACAUCCUGCUAGGGCAGACCUUCCGCAGGAGGCUGGUGGUUUCCGUCAGGCCUGCUGCUGCAGGGGAAGAGGCUUCCCAGAACGGGGGCAACAGCGCACAGGGGGACCCAAAUGAGUCAGGACAGCCACUGCUGCACCUGGUGUCUGUCUCUGGCAGGUAAAGAGAUCGGCAGCAGGUGGGAGAUUCCCACACAGCCCAGAAAAGCCCUGGUGGUCUCAUGUAUUAACUAUAGACAUUCCCCCACAAAUGCACACACAGUUGUUUGGCUGAGUACCAAUGGCUGUCUUGUGGUGGGAGUGGUUCCUCUGCCCAGCUGAUCUCUUGUGGCUGGAAACAGAUUUCUGCAGCGUCAACAUUUGGGCUGGGUUCUGUCUGACGCUGAGCCAGUUCAUGUGUGUCCUCUAAAUUCUUCCUGGCUAGACGUGAAUUACUUUCCCCCCGGCAAGUGAAAGACUUUUGCACUCUUCCUAUAUUCUCACUGGAAGGGCCCAGGCACCAAACAUUUUAGUGUUGGUGUUAAAUUCCAUACAAGCAAUGAGUCAUGGCUUGGCUGAGAGGCACUGCCAUUGGAUCACACCUGGCAUGCGUUUCAACUUGUUUUUUUGCUUUAAGUGUGUGAAGAAUGAUGACUUAAGAUCAGCUCUGAUCCUUCUCUCCCUGGGGACAGAUCAGGAAUCUAAUACAUUUUAAAGCAAUUCAACAAUAGCAUUUUCACUUCUCUAUUUACAUCGUUCCAUCUGCAUGUGAUCAUUAACCAUAGCCAAUAUUGUACUCAUUUUCUAGUGAUCAAAGCCAGCUUUCUGCCAGCAACAUCAGCUGUCCCAGAGCCAGAAGAAUAAUUCCAAAUGCAUUUAAAAUUAAAUCAUGGAUUGCAAAUAGCCAAAGAAUAACUGUUCUGAACUGUAUUAUUAUAGUACACCUACCAACAUGACUUGAAUGAUUAGCUGCCACCAGGUCAUCAAACCAUUGCACAGCGGAAAAUAAUGACUGGACUCUAUGCACUUCAUUAGACAGAAGUGUUUGCUGACACUGGCAGCACAUCAUGUCCACAUUCCUAUCACCAUAAAAUUUCUCCAGCAGCAGGUAGCAAUCCUUUGAUGGACAUAGGUUUCCAAAGCAUUAGGCCAAGGACUUUUAAACAUUAUUUUGAGUGACUGUUUUUGGGGUGCCCAAUGUGAGACACCUUUUUAAGAGGUUUCUGAAAAUUGGGUUCCUUUCAGAUCAGGCCUCUUAGGCACCUCAAGUUGGGCACCCAAAAUCAGUAGUUUUGUUUUAAUAUUGGCCAUUUUUAUUAGUAAAGCAGUAAUGAGUGUCUAUAUCCAUAGAAAGAUGAAUGAAUGGGAAAGACAGUAGUAACAGCAAAGUUUCCAUAACGCUCAUUAUUCCUGUCAUUUAUCAUCAGAAGACAGCUUUUCAUAGUUUAAAAAGUCUUUGCUUUUUUAAAAAAAUAUAGUGGUGGGUCCAUAAACUCAGUAGAAGGCAAAAUAAUUUAUUUCACAGAAGCGGACACUAAAUCAGAAUUUAUCAUCAUGUUUUAUGAAGAAGAACUGUAAAGUUCUGUCGUGUUCCAUAGCUCUUUAUUUUAAAACGAACAACUACCAUUUCCUAUUUGUCUAUAUUGUGUUCUAUCCAGGUUCCUAAACAGUGCCCUGGACCAUGGUAUUCAAGUAACUAUGUGCCAAUUGAAAAAAAGUGCA